AUGGCGCAGGCGUGCGGGACCGGCUCUGGCUGCCUCCGCGGGCCCGAUCUGGGAGCCGAAUCUGGCGUGCUCUCCCAGCCGGGGGGUGCUGUGUGCCCUAGAGGGGCAGUCGGGCAAGGCAGCGGGGCCAUGCUUGCCUGGGCUCCAGGAUCGCAAAUCCCUACAGCGGCCUGCUGUGUGCCAGCGGCAAUGGAGUGCGGCCCUGCGGGAAGAACUGAGGACGUGCAUCUGCCAGCGAGAGUAAAGUUGGAAAAAAGGACAUGUGCAUUCUGUCCCAAAGGCCGUGAUUAUGGUAUACUGUACUUUGCACAAGCAGAGAAUAUUACUGCCCAUGAAAAUUGUUUGCUGUAUUCCUCAGCACUUGUGGAAUGUGAGGAUCAAGAUUCACCAAAUACGGAUAGAAAUUUUGAUGUAGAAUCAGUAAAGAAAGAAAUCCAAAGAGGAAGGAAGUUGAAAUGCACAGUUUGUAAAGAAAGAGGAGCCACUGUGGGAUGUGAUAGAAAACAGUGUGCAAAGACCUACCACUAUUUCUGUGCCAAGAAUGACCACGCGCUUCUACACACCGAUGUUUCUAAAGGAAUUUAUAAAGUGUUCUGUAAAGAACAUGCUCCUAAAUUACCGGUCAUCACUGAAAAUGGUAAGUUUUCAGGCAUGAAAAGAAAAAGAGAAAAGAAGAAAUGUCUCACAACAGAUAUUCAGCAACCUGACGCAAUGACAUGCAACAAACUGAUAACACACAUGAAGGAAGAGCCUGGCAGACAUUCAGAUGUAGUUUUGAAAGCAUCUUUUCUAAAGAAAUGUAAGGAAGCAGGACUUCUUAAUGACUUAUUUGAAGAAAUAUUAGACAAGCUUCAUUUGAUUCAGGAAAGACUCAUGAAUGAGACUACUUCAGAAUCAGAGUUUGAAGAAAUUGGGACUUCACUUUUUGACUGUAGACUGUUUGAAGACACAUUUGUAAAUUUUCAAGCAGAACUAGAAGAUGAAAUUUAUCAAUCUGAAGAAAGGUCAAGGCAGCUGAAGAAAGAGACUGAGACACUUCAGGACUUAAAGCAAAUCUUGUGCCUUCUUCAGGAAAACAGGGGCCUUAGUUCAAGAUCUACUGCAGUACCAUUCCUGCCUUCUUAUGGAUUACCAUUUCCUACACAAGGAGCCAGGCAGGCUUCAGUGGGAGGUCCAGCCUGUGAGGACCAUAAAUCUAAGAACUAG